AUGACAAUCUCCAAAGGGCCGCAGUGCUGGGAGUGUCUGCGCCGCGACUCGCCCUGCGAUGGCAAGACGCCGAUAUGCGGCAACUGCAGCUCCGCCGGCAUGGUCUGCCCCGGCUUCACCAACAACCGGCCGCUGACGUGGCUGCGCACCGGCAUGGUCUCGCGGAUCCCGAAGAAGGGCAAGCCGGCGGCCCGGCCGAGUGCGACGGCUACAGCUACGGCUGCGGCGCGAGACUCGAGACGGCGCAGCAUCCCGAGCAGCUCGACCGCGGGGACGGCAUCGCCAAAGCCCAAGGCGAGCACGCCGCCGCGGUCUCGGAUCAGGAAGACGGCGGCUAACAAGAGCGAUCGAGGCAGCGAUGCUGGCACUCCGUCCGGGGCAUCAUCCUCUGGCUGUAGUAGCGGCGACUCGCCUCCGGAUUCAACAACAACAACAACAACAACAGUCGUUAACAAGGCGGCCCCGAGUAGAGGCGGCGACAAAGACGAAGAUGGAGGCUCUUCUCAGCGCUCAGGAGAUCCGAGACACCAGCUUGUUGCCUGCAGGAAUCGAUCUGGCAAUAGCCCUGCGGAUGGCGCUAUGCAGAUCCAUGUAACGGCUAUUCCUCCCGACCUAAGACCGCAGGAUUGGGACUAUAUCGACGCCAUAAAGAUGUACAACAACCAACUGCUUCCAAGGCUGCGCGCACGGCAGAUUAUACAGAAUCCCGCUUGGGUCGUCGAACUAAAUGGCGAGGCCCUCCAGUCUCUCUCGGUUGCAAACCGCCACUGCUUUCUUGCCAUUGCAGUUGGCUAUCACAUCAUGUAUGUGACGCUAAAGAACGACCUCAGCCUGGAACCCGCAACUACCGGGCCGGCGGCUCAUUUGUGGUGGAAAUUCUACCUUCACAUUAAUACGUCUAUAAGCGCUCUCAAUGAUGAUAUCCAGCAGAGCUUCCCAAAUAUCCUCAGCAUAUUCUCUAGCAUGGCGCAGUUGAUGAGUGCAGAUAUCUUGCUCUUUAAUUCAAAAUCUUGGCGCGUCCAUGCCGAUGCCUAUCUCCUACUGAUCAAACUCUGCGGCGGCCUCAAGAAGCUGAUGAACUCCUCCACAACCCCGUUGCUGAUGCAAAGCUUUGUCAUUGGUGUCACUGUUUUCAACACCACAAGCCCGAGCAAUGGACUGAUGGUCGACGCCUGCAACUUUGACGUCGACGAUGUCAUGACCAUAUACGAUUUCGGCAGCAGCCCGCUGUUUUACUGUCCUGCGCCCUUGUUCAAAGAAAUGUUUCUCAUCAACCGCCUCCGACAAGAAGCCGCCAAAGGCGAUUCGCAACCCAGUCUCUGCGCAAUACUCGAACGAAUCGACGCAUACCCCGUCCAAACCAUGACCGACUCCGUGGACGCCAGGAAAGCCAAAGACCUCCAACUCGUCUCGCUGCUUUUCAAAUCCGCAGUGGCCGUCUUUGGCUCCAUGACGCUGUCCUGCACGUCCGAGUGCUCCUCUCGCACGUCAUGCGCAGAGCUUGAGAAAACCCACCGCAAGCAGCUGUUUCAUCUUCUCGACACCUCGUCCGACUUCAUGCCGCUCCUCGACCAUAUCCUGUGGCCGGUGAUUGUGGCCGGUGCUGCUGUACCCACCGAGUCUGUAGAGAGCCAGAUGCUGGUGGAGAUGUACUUGCUGAACAGCGUGCGGGAUCCUUAUACGGGAGGGUGCACCAGAGUGGCGUUGGCGACGAUGAGGAGUUUCUGGUCUUCGGGGAAGAGGAAGUGGGAUGACUGCUUUGACAAGCCUCAUGCGUGGAUGAUAUAGACGCUUGUUGCUCGCGAAUACGUUUUUACUUUGGCGCGUCUUAGAGACGCAGGCAACUCAGUUUGUAAAGAAACAGCUGAGUAAGACACGACACAUAUACUGUCGAUGAACUUAUAACUUCAGUAUAUUUAUCUCUUGUUGAGUCUACGCACGAUGCCUGCCGAAUUGCUAGUUACAGCAAGGUCAGGAUUCGAAAUACACUGUUUGCUUUAAUGCGAUAAUAUCCGUUAUACCACUUGACUUAAAAGAAGGAGGGAAGGGCACGAUUACAACAGUCAUUUUUAGAAAGAACAAUUCGCUCUCUACUAUAUCUAAUAUCCUGCUACAAAGAAAAAACAAAACCAAAUUCUAUUAUAUAUCUAUAUAUAGGUAUAUAUCUAUAUAUGUAUAUGGAAGGUUA